AUGGUCGCAACGGCCGGCCAGGUCGGCUGCGACGAGAACAGAGUGUUCCCUGAAGACCUCAAUGACCAGAUCAUCCUGGCGAUGGAGAACCUGGCUCGGGCGCUUGAGGCCGCCGGCGCCUCAGUCAAGGAUGUGUACAAGUUGGUCUACCACAUUAUCGACUACGAUCCGGUCAAUCGUAUCCACGCCAAACACCUCGAGGCAUUUUUGAAGGGCGGGGGUGGGCCGCUCGGAUGCGAUCGGACUUCAAGCAUGGAGGCCAACAUCUUCGGUUUCUUGGAGUCAGUGUCGCUUGGGCUGGCAGAUUUGUUACACGCCAACUCAGUUGUACUCAGCUCUCCUGUAUUCCGGAUCGCUCAAUCUCCAGAAGGUGUCUUCGUCUCCGCAGCUCGCGGCGAUUUCUUGUGCAAACGUGUUAUUUUCUCGGUCCAAACGAUUUUGUACAGGAGCAUCACGUUCGAUCCUCCACUACCUCCAGCAAAGCUCGAGCUUGCAAAACACAGUGUACAGUCAUUUUCCUUCAAGCACAUCAUCCUCUAUUCAGAACCGUGA